GCGCAUCGCGAUAUCGAUCGCGAUAUUUGUCCAGCCUGGAAAUCACUUCCGCACCUUGCGAAGCCCUUUUCCUUUGCUGAUGUUGUGUUGAUUUCCGUCGAGUUAUUUUCAUAAUUAGUUAAAUAAUGGCAGGUUCCGACGCUGUGUGGGCAGCCCAAAAUGGAGAAGUUAGCAAAUUGAGAGAAUUGCAGUUUGAUGCAAAGGACAAGAUCAAGGGAAGGACGUUGCUUCAUAUAGCAGCAGAUUUCGGCCAACAUGAAGUGAUUGAGUACUUGGUAGAGCAAAAGCAAGCAGAUAUCCAUUCAAUAGAUUCAAAUGGAUUCUCAGUCUUGCUAACAGCAAUUUAUGGUGACGAAGGGCAAGAUCGUUACAAGAAGUGUGUAGCGUACCUCUUGUCAAAGGGUGCAGAUAAGAACGGUAAGGCUCCGAAUGGUUCAACAUUUGAAGAAUGCGCACAUGAUGAAAAAAUGAGACAACUUCUGAAGUGAGAACCUUUCCAAAGAUCCCCAAUAUCUCUUAGGCCCUUAUUGCAUAGACCCGGUCACAUCUUUCAGUACAACCUAAGAGAGUGUAAACCUAAAUGUGAUUAGCGAUCGACCCUUAGCCCUGAUAGAGAGAGAAGUAUGGUAGAAAAGUGAUUUUUCGUCUCUUACGCCUUUUUUUCUCAGACAGGGUCAUAAUGUUGUACGGAUAUGACGUGAUAGCCCUGUACUGUAGAUUUAUGAGUGUUGAUUUCUUUCUUGAAUGUAUUACUCACACUGUAGUCCCACAUAAUCCUUUAUUUGUUAGUUGUCUUGGUUCAUUGAGGACAGAACACUGUGUCGUGAAAGUUGCCAGCACUGAUGAUGUCAGUGAAAUACUUGGGUUUGAUUGGCUAGGAAGCAUCGAUCUCUCACUAUUACCAUAGUAACAGUGAGAGAAUGAAAACAUAUCAGUGCUGACAAGCUUUCUCGAGACAGGGCCUUGGUAAUAAGGGGCCUGCUUCAUAAAACUUGAUGUAGUAACAAAUAUGCAGUAACCGUUAAAAGCUACUGAAUUCCUCCAAUCUGAUUGGCUGACAGUAAAAUUGUUAUGAAAACUGUUCAUUUGUUAUUAUAACAAGUCUUCAUGAAAGAGGACCCCGUAACUGAACAUCAGUCUUAUGUUUUUCAAUCUUGUCAUUAAAAUAAUAUUCCUGCUUUGUAAAUGUCUCACAAGAUUGUUCUUUUUCAAUAAAAAAAAAGAGAGACAAGAAAUGCAUCGUUUUUCAACUAACCGCAUGUAUGUAUUGCUGUAAACGUUAGAUAAUGAUAUCCGCAAUUUUUUCAUCUCUGAAAAUAUGUUAUCAAAAUUUUUGUACUUCAAAAUCAUGUUUUAAAAAUUGAUAUUAUGCUUACAGUAUUUGCAUAUCUAAUACAUGGAUUAAUAGUACAGUAAUUGAAAAUAAUAUUUUUAUAAAAGAAAGAAAUCAUGAAAAAAGAUAUGUCUUUGUUUGUUUUCGUACAUGAAAUUUUUAUUUGAAUGAAACUGGCAUUAUAAUGCUAAUUUUGUAGUAGAUUUUGCUUUAAUACUGAAUAUGUUACUGAAUAUAUGGAGUGGUUAUUAGAGAGGAAAAACAUAUAAAAACUAGGUGAUAUAAAAGAUUUUUGUUUUUGGAUGUGAAGAGGAAAUGUAUAACUUGGAAAUGUAUAACUUGUAAUGAAAUUUGAGUUUUAAUAACAAACCCAUAAGAUAAUGUGUUUUCUUCAUUAUUUCAUUUUCGAUAUUCCUUGUGAAAUCGUGCAUGUGGAUUGAAUUCGCUUACUUGUGAUAUAUGUGUCAGGCUUUUUGCCUGUUCUGUUAUUUUAGAUAAUUAACCCUUCAUCUGUGAUUUGUCAUAUUCCAUCAUCUUAAAGGGGUUACUCCACGCUUAAAAUUAUUUAACUUGAACAGAUAAAUUAAAAUCAGACCAAAAAAGAAGAAAAUUUCAUCAAAUUUGGACAAGGAAAAACAAAAUGACAUUUAAAGUUUUGCAUUAUUUGGGAGAAAUAGAUCUAUGCAUGUCUUCAUGAAAAUGCUUUGAAAGAGCUGAUGGUGUCAUCUACCCAUUUAUCCUUUUGUAUAUCAUUACAUGAAAUUAUAUAUCCAACCAGUGCUGCAAUUUAUGAUUUCUUUUAGAGACAUGUUAUACAUGUAUUAAAAUAUGAAUAAUUAUGAUUUCAUGUAAUAGAAUAGGAAAAAGGAAAUUGGGGGAAAUGACAUCUUCAUCCCACUUAUUGCUUAUUCAUGACAGCAUGCACACAACCGUUUCCACAAAAUAUUGAUAAACAUUAAAUUCACGUUAUUUUCUAUUCCACUUUGAUGAAAAUUUUCACCUAAUGCUUAUUUAGUUUUUCUGUGUUUCCUGAGGUGUGAGACUUUACUAAAUUGAAUUCGAAUUAAUUGAAUUAAUUAACUUCAGCUUUUUAGCAGAUCUUUUUUUAUUUUCAAUUUGAUUUCAGCUUUAAUAAUUUCAGCUAAUUUGAGCUUUCUUCUGGAGAUAGUAUGGGAUGUCCUCUUCCUUUUAACUCUCAUUUUUCUUCUGCUCUUUUCAUUUAUGAACACCUACACUCCUGAUUUAUUCAGAAAGAAUUGUAGUCAUCAUGAAUCUUAAGUUGAAAUUUAUGCAUUUUAUACUACAUAACAUACAUGUAGCUGCUUGUAAAUGACGUCACAAAUAAAAAUGACGUCGCAAAUAAAAAAAGACGUCACAAAUGAAAAUAAAAAACAUUUUAAUAACUUUCUUAAUCUUUACUGGCAUUUCCUCAAACGUUCACCAUUAUCUUUUAUAAUUUUUUAUAGUAUUUUCACAAUGAUUUCUCGUAACUACGCUAAUCUUAAUGUAUUGAUUUAAAGCUUUUGCCCUCUUUUCGCUAUUCUUCACUUACAACCAAAUUGUCACCACUUUAGUUGUUUAUCUACAUGUAGAUAUAUCCGAAAAGAUUAUUUAGAUACGUACGCUAGGACAUGCAUGUAUUUUACUAUUGGUAUUGUAGUAUCACUGUAGGAUGUUAUUCUUUUGUCAUUAUUUGCUUUAUUAGAUGUAUUAUAUCAGCAGUAACAAGUAUUUCUUACUUAAUUUGAUUUAAUUGGGCAAUAUUUCACUAUGAAUCAUGUAUUGUACAUUUGUAUGUUAAAUUAGCUUUCCAUACUGGGAAAAAAAAACAGCACAUCUUUGAUAAAUAAAUAUUUCAGAUAUGUUAUGUAUGGAGUCGUAUUGGUGAAAGUCUAAUGUACAACACUAUAAAUAGCAAUGGCAACCUAAUUACCAUGUACAUACAAGGACAUCCAAUUUGAAUAUAUUUGAUCCCCCUGAAAAAGUCAAUUAAGCCAGUCAAUGAAGUACAGCUUGUCACAUGUCAAAGGCUCCAGUCUUAGGUGGAUGUUUUGUAAAGCUGUUAGAAAGUGAAGAAUGACUUUAAGAACGACUGGUGAACCUUUCUUACAUGCAAACCAAUCAUCAAUGAAUGUUUAGUGUUGAAUAUCAUUUACCACAAGAAAGGAUCACCAGUCAUUCUAAACUUAUGAACAGCUUUAUGAAAUGUCGUCCUGUACCACUGGUUGUUCCUUUGACUACAUUGGUUCCACUCAGUGUUGCCAGGUUGAAAAUGCCAAGUUUUCAUACCACUAUCAGUUCGUGUACUACCAAAAAUAUAAAGAAAAUAGUGGUUUUUUAGUGUUAAAUGGUCCUCGAUGUAGACUUUUAAAAUGCCAAGCACAUUUCAGUGGAUGUCUUACUUUCAUGGGAGAAGUGUUAUGUAAUAGAUCUUCAGCUCAAAGCGGCACAAAUUUAUUCUCAUCAUUAACAGCUAUGGUAUUUUCCAAAUUGUUAUUAUCGUCAAUAUACAUGUACUUUUAUUCUGCAAAUGAAGGAUAACACAUCAGAAAACUUGCACGAUUCUACAGAACACCAAGUAAAAGAAAUUGAAUUCCUGGGACAAAAAUGUUGACUGUUGGAAGUUUAAAGAUGCUGAUUUGUAAAAGUAUUGCCAUUUUUUGUAGCACAUUCUGUAUAAGCCUUUCAUUUGUGUAAAUUACUGUUUAUAUUAUUAUAUUUAGAAAUCAUGGAUUACUGAUUUAAUAAAAAAAAAGGAGGAAGGCAUGAUGUAGACUUAUUCUUAUGCCCAGCAGUAUGUUAUGAAUAAAAAUUGUAAUAAAAAUUAUCAAAUAAU